GUUUCAGCUUUUCCGUUACAACUCCUUUCCCUCCAUAAACCCCACUCAUCUUCUUCAAACACACACACACACACUCUUCUUCUUCUUCUUCUUCAAAAACACACGCACACACACUCUGCGUAAACAUCAAAUCCAAAUUGCUUUCUUGUUGGGUAUGGCAUCGAUACCUCGUACAGUUGCAGAUAUUUUCGGAGAUUACUGCUGUCGUCGUAGAGGAUUGAUUAAUGCUUUAACCCAUGAUGUUGAUACAUUCUUUGCUCAGUGUGAUUCAGACAAAGACAAUCUCUGUCUAUAUGGAUAUCCAGAUGGAACUUGGGAAGUGACACUUCCAUCACAUGAGGUCCCACCAGUGAUUCCUGACCCCGCUCUUGGAAUCAACUUUGCAAGAAAUAAGAUGAGCCGAGACGAGUGGCUCUACCUGGUUGCAGUCCACAGUGACUCGUGGUUACUCAAUGUGGCUUUCUUCUACGCUGCAUAUCUAAAUAAAAAUCAAAGGACGCGUUUGUUUAACUUGAUUAACCGUCUGACCAAUGUGGUUGAAAAUGUAAAAAAAUGGAACGUUGUACAAAACACGCCUAGAAUAGACAAGAGUGGUGAAGCCAGCGGAAGCAAUUCCAGGAUCCCCCAAAAGAUAUCAAGUGAUGGACCGAGUAAAACCACCUCAAAAAUUGUAGAAGAUAGUCAUAUGGAGAGUGAAGAAGAACAAGAGGAGACACCAUGUGGCCGUUGUGGCGAAGUCUACCAGAAGAAUGAGUUCUGGAUCGCGUGUGACUUCUGUCCGUUAUGGUAUCAUGGCAAGUGUGUGAAUGUCACAACCACAAUGGCCGAUGAGAUAGACAAGUAUGAAUGCCCUUUGUGCGCCCUGAAACGAACCAAAGCAUAGAGUACAGAAACUGACUGGAUUUAGCGUAUACCCGUAUAGCCAUUUUGCUUCUUGUUGUUGUGAAAAGAUUAACUCAGUCAUGCUAUAGUUACUUGUAAAUCGUGAAGUGAAAGUUAGACGUUGCGUUUAUGACAAAGGAGCCAUAACCUUGAUGAAUUGUAUAGGUUAUGCUCAUUUGAAGAUUUUGGAUUUGAUUUUGAUUCAAAGUAUACUUUCUGUAGUUGUAAUAUACUAUUUCAUUUGGUCUA